CGGUAGUUACUAAUUAUUAUUUUUGUUGCUGCUGCGGAUAGACGCCAGCAAACGAGGCGAUCAAGUGCGGAUGUAGGAGUGGUAACAUCAACUGUAGUUCUACUGGUGAAAAUUGUGAAUGAAAAUGUACGACCAACAAGAAGACGACCGUGGAUAUUUGGUGUAUGCUAACCGUUACAAUGGCCAAAUUCAACCGGAUAAUCCAAACCUGACUUACGUAGUGAAUAAGAUCAAUGAAAAGUUCUCGGCAUCCAAGUACAGUACCUACAGAUGUGCUUGCAAAUUGUUCGCACUUCAACGGGCUCUUUACACGUGUUACAUUCCAUUCCAAUCGGUGUGCACUAUACUUGAGCGUCAUCGCCUCAGCCAGAUUGAUAGCGCUCCCUCUAUCAAGCCGAUCCAACUAACUGCGGUGCUACAUGAUGUAUACUUUGCUGCGGAACAACUGGGAUGUUUCGCUGAUCUCCUACAACAACCUGAUCGCGAAACGUUGAUCGCUACACUGGCAGGAUUAUUCUGGGCAGUUUACGAUCCAAAAAGGUGUAAUCCAUUAUCCAUUCUCGAGUUGAAACAGACAUUCCUGUUGCUGUGUGAGACGCAAAAUUUUGAACAGGUCGUAUGGGAACACUUUCAACUGACGAGUGAUCACAAUCUCUGUGUAUCAAGACAUCGUUUCGAAGCGAUGUUGAUGAAUCUGGCUAAAUUGUUAUCGUUUCUGGGAGAACCGGAUCAUUUGAAAUCGAAGCUGGUGCAGGAGAUCGUGAAUGAAUGUUUCGUGAACUAUCCUGGCUUGGUAGGUCUAACGGAGUACCAGUUUACCUGCCUGUGGAAGUUGUCAUCGAAGUUUUCCUAUUAUUCAAACGUAUUAGCCCUUGCAAAGCGACUGAAGGAUUCGGAAUUUAUAGUACACAACGUACAAUGUGGUGCUUGUCGGGAAGCAAUCCAAGGACUUCGCUUUAAGUGCCAGAAAUGUCGUAACCUGUCUUUAUGCAUCGAUUGCUUCAGCCAAGCAUACUCCAGUAAAAGCCACAAUGUUGGUCAUAAAAUGUACGAGAUCAGUGCAAAUGAAAUGUCUACCAACAAAAUAUCAACUUUAAUGCUCAAGCUUUGCAAUAUGUUUAGUCGUUCGCCAAGUACUCAGUCUCAUCGGCAGCAACCAUCCACGUUUGACAAUAUGGAGGCGAAGUUGAUUGAUACCAAUGCUGUCGAACUGCAAGAAGUCGAACAACCACCAGCUGCUAGUAGCACUCUCCGUGGAACGCUUUCACGUUCACUGAACUCUUCCAGUUGUGCUUCGCUCAGGAAAUCUUCCAGCAAAAACAUCAGUAUUUUUAGCAACAUUGAUUGCCAACUGUUUACGAGCACGCACAGUCAAGCGUUAGUUGAUAAACUAACUUCGAUAAUGGAUAUUUUCGAAGAUGAUUUCGAAAAGUAUCGUCUAAAGUUGGCAAAUUUGAAAACCAAUGGCACCGUUGACAAAGGGCAAAUCGAGUAUUUCGAAGCUCAUGGUAAAUUGGUAACCGAGCAAUUGAAAGCAUUGAAGGAAGUGUGCUCUAAGGUUAGCCGUGGUUUUCCUCAAAGUUCCAGCACUCCGUACCGUUCGACCAACAGUGGAAGCGCCAAACGUGUUUCGCUGGCCAUGGCCAGUGCGUUGGAUAAAACUAUUCAUGGAGCAGAAUUGAACAAAUCCUAUGUGAACGACCAACUCCAACCGGAACUCUCCGUUCGUGACAUCAGUUCGUGGUUCCAUCUGAAUAAACCGUCCGAAACCAUACUAGAGCAGAUGGAAGCUGACGUGGCUUUGAAAGUGCAUCUUAACACAGACACUGCUGCUACUGUUGAUGAGCUAACCCGCUGCAUAGAUAAUCUCAAAAUCGACACUCAGAUGGGCAACUUUAAGGAUCUUUUGCUGAAAGUUCGUGAAAUAGUGGACGACUCCUACAGCGAUAAUACGGAACUGGCCCGAACAACGCAGCAAUUGGAAAAGGCGCUGGAUAAAAUUAUUGCCGAAGAGGAACGCAAGCGACUGCAGAGCAUUUAAGUAGAAAUUUCACGUCAAAGGAUUUCUUCCAAUUCUUUUUUUUAUGAUUAAGGUGACGAUUUUUAUAUCAAUUUUAAGAUCUACACUUAAGAAAG